GAUCGCUACUACGUCUUUGCCACGAACCCUCGCUCCCACACGCGCACCAGCAACAGCAAGCUUUCUGAGUCACGCCUUUCCAACCCGAAGUUCCAUCCUGCUCGCUCGGCGACUCCAGUUUGGCUACAUUCUUUUUCUUUUCAGCCUCCGUUAAGUCUUUUCUUCGCUGACUUGCUCCCGUUCUUCCUCUGCCUCCCUCACUCUAUACACACAGAGACUUCUUGGUGUCCUAUCUCUUGCAACGUGAGACACGCACCAACACACAUCUACCUUCUGCUAUCACCACAUACACAAAAAAAAAACCCAGCAGCAAUGCCUCACCAGCAGACUAUCACGCAACAGGUGCAGGAGGCGGUGAGUCAGGGAUCUGCCGCCGCCGCCGCCCAGGUCGGAGAGAAGGCCCAGCAGGCCCGCGAGAAGGCGGCGGAGCUGCUGGAAUCUGCCACGAACGGCGCAGACAACCUGCAUCAGACCGCGACAAACGCGAAGAAGAACGUGCAGGAGGCGGCCAAGAAGGCGAUGGACACGGCGCACGACUACGUCGAGGACGCCCGCAAGAAGGCUGACCCGUACGUGGAGUCCACGAAGGCCAAGUACGAGUCGGCCAAGGCGGCCGCUGGCAACUACCGUGAGACGGCGCAGCACGCCAUGGAGAACGCCAAGGGUCAGGUGAACGCCGUGCGAGAGAAAGUGACGCAGAGGGCGCAGCCAUAUGUGGACAACGUGCAGGCCUUCGACAUCACCAAGACGGCGACUUUCCACGUUCUCACCCACCUUCUCAGCAUCUAUUUGUAUGUCGUGUGGCGUAUUCUGCGGUUAGUGCCUGCCGCGAACAAGGUAGGCACGUUCGUCGAGGAGAAGGAGAAGAACAUCGGCGUCAUCGCCGGCUGCGCGGCGGCAGGGCAAAAGGUGCCCGUGGUUGGCCCGCGCACGGUGGAGGUGAUCACCAUCGCUGCGAAGAGCGUGCGCAUCGACCUGAACGAGCAGAUCGCCCAGUACGAGGCCAACAGCAAGAAGCAGAAGUAA